CGAGGCGGGUGAUUGCGCAGGCGCAGUCGCUCUGUUUUUUCCCUCUCUCUCCUUAAACACCGUCGGAGUGAAGGCGAGAAGAUGCAGCGAGUGUUUACCCUAUCAGAAAAGGAUUCACCUAGUUCCCCCAUACAAUUUGCUUGGCAAAAAGCUCUAGGAAACUACAUUGCUCUUACAAGACAUAAUCACACUGUACAAAUCUUUGAUCGGCAUGGUCAAAAGAAGAAUGAAAUUAUUUUACAAGGCAACUGCAUUGCUAUGGACUGGGAUCAAGAUGGAGAUACAUUAGCAAUGAUUGCUGAAAAGUCCAGUUCCAUUUGUCUGUGGGAUGCCAACACAAACAAAACCACCUUGCUGGACACUAAUAUGAGGGAACCAAUGUCUUUCUUACGAUGGGCAAAAGCUGAACCCUUACUUGUUGCAGGAACAACCAAAGGAAAUGUACUCAUAUAUAAUCAUCAAACUUCUCGCAAAAUUCCUAUCUUGGGUAAACACACAAAGCGGAUCACAUGUGGUUGCUGGAGCAAUGGAAAAGUUAUAGCUCUAGGUGGUGAAGACAAACUUAUCACAAUUAGCAAUAAUGAAGGAGAUACUAUCAGAGUGACAGCGGUGAGAGGAGAACCCAGUGAUAUGGAAUUUAUAGUAAUGAAGACAGAUGACAGAACCGAAGGCAACGAGACCACAGUGUGCAUUGUGGUUGGGCAGAAAACACUCUAUUUUUAUAAUUUCAAAGAUCCAGAUAACCCAAUUGAAUUGGCCUUUCAGCAGCGAUAUGGGAACAUUGUGUCUUAUAAAUUAUAUGGAGAGAACUACAUCAUGAUUGGUUUCUCAGUUGGCUUUUUUGUGGCCAUUUCUACCCAUGUUCGAGAGAUUGGUCAUGAGCUCUUUCAAGCUUGUGAUUACAAGGAUAACCUGACCAGCAUAGCGAUAUCAGAGUCGCUCAAUAAAGCUGCAUCAUGCGGAGAUAACUGCAUCAAGAUUCAUGAGCUGUCAGAUCUGAAUGAAAUGUAUGCCAUAAUAAAUUUGGAGGAUGAAAAUAAAGGUUUAGAUCAGCUGUCAUGGACAGAUGAUGGACAAUUGCUGGCAGUGUCUACAAGAAAAGGAUCUAUCCAUGUGUUCCUGACAAAACUUCCUAUUCUUGGAGACUCCUUCAGCACACGGAUUGCCUACCUGACCUCACUUCUCGAGGUUACUGUAGCCAACUACAUUGAAAAUGAGCUCCCAAUUACAGUUUCUGUGGAAGUUGAGCCUAGCUUUGUUGCUGUCGGUCCUUAUCACUUAGCUGUGGGCAUGAAUAAUCGGGCCUGGUUUUAUGUUCUUGGAGAAAGCAGUGUAAAAAAGCUCAAAGACAUGGAAUAUUUGGGAACAGUAGCCCGCAUGUGCCUUAAUUCUGACUAUGCAGCUGGACUACUUGAGGGUAAAGUUCAGUUACAUAUGAUAGAAAGUGAACGCUCAAAUACUGAGGAAGAACGGGAGACUAGAUUGUUCCCAGAUACAGAUGAUAACAGUAAAAUUUUGUGCCAUGCUUUAACUAGUGAUUUCCUCAUCUAUGGUACUGAUACUGGUAUUAUUCAGUAUUUUUACAUUGAAGACUGGCAGUAUGUGAAUGAAUAUCGGCAUUCAGUUGGUGUGAGAAAAAUCUUCCCAGAUCCCAGUGGAACCAGACUAGCUUUCAUUGAUGACAAAAGUGAUGGUUUUGUUUACUGCCCUGCGAGUGAUAUUGCCUUUGAGAUUCCAAAUUUCCAACCGACCAUCAAGGGGAUUCUGUGGGAAAACUGGCCAAAAGACAAAGGUGCCUUUGCUGCAUAUGAUGAUGACAAAAUAUACACCUAUGUCUUUCAUAAAGAUACUAUACAAGGGUCCAAGGUUAUUUUGGCAGGAAGCACAAGAGUUCCUUAUUCUCACAAACCUUUGCUAUUGUAUAAUGGAGAAUUAACUUGUCAGACUCAAAGUGGAAAAACCAACAACAUCACUCUUAGUACCCAUAAUUUUCUUGGCCCUUUGAAAGACAUGGGAUAUAAUGAGCUGAAACAAAUCCUUACACAGACUUUAGUAUUGAAAAAAUUUUCGGAAUCAUGGAAUAUAUGCAAACUUCUGAAUGAUCAGUCGAGUUGGGAUGAGCUGGCCACAGCUUGCUUACAUCACAUGGAACUGGAAUUUGCAAUUAGGGUUUACAGGACAAUCAGCAAUGUGGGAAUGGUCAUGUCAUUAGAACAAAUAAAGGGCAUAGAAGAUCACAAUCGGUUAGCUGGACAUCUUGCGAUGUAUACUAAGAAUUUUAAUUUGGCUCAGGACUUAUAUUUGGCAUCUUCCUGUCCUGGUGCUGCACUUGAGAUGAGAAGAGAUCUGCAGCAUUGGGACACUGCCCUUCAACUAGCAAAACGUUUGGCACCAGACCAGAUUCCCUUCAUCUCCAAAGAAUAUGCUGUGCAAUUGGAAUUCACUGGUGAUUAUGUGAAUGCAUUGGCACAUUAUGAAAAAGGAAUUACAGGUGACAUUAAGUACCAAGAGCAUGAUGAGGCCUGCCUAGCUGGAGUUGCUAAAAUGUCUAUCCGUAUGGGUGACAUUCGGCGAGGUAUUAACCAAGCCAUCAAGCAUCCUUCCAGGAUGUUGAAAAGAGACUGUGGAGCUAUUCUGGAGAGCAUGAAGCAAUUUUCAGAAGCUGCCCAGCUCUAUGAGAAAGGCCAAUAUUAUGACAAAGCUGCCUCUGUAUACAUUCGUUGCAAAAAUUGGGCAAAAGUUGGUGAGCUUCUCCCUCAUGUGUCCUCUCCAAAGAUACACCUUCAGUAUGCCAAAGCAAAGGAAGCGGAUGGCAGAUACAAGGAAGCUGUGUUGGCCUAUGAAAAUGCCAAACAAUGGGACAAUGUUAUCCGGCUAUAUUUGGAUCACCUUAAUAACCCGGAAAAAGCUGUUAGCGUCGUCAGGGAAACACAGUCUCUUGAUGGAGCCAAAAUGGUAGCCAGAUUCUUUCUGCAGUUAGGUGACUAUGGGUCUGCCAUCCAGUUUUUGGUGAUGUCCAAAUGUAAUAAUGAAGCAUUCACACUGGCCCAACAACACAAUAAGAUGGAGAUAUAUGCAGACAUAAUUAGUUCUGAGGACACCACUAAUGAAGAUUACCAAAGCAUUGCCUUGUAUUUUGAAGGGGAGAAAAAGCAUUUUCAAGCUGGCAAGUUCUUCCUUCUGUGUGGUCAGUAUGCACGGGCAUUGAAACACUUUCUGAAAAGUCCAAAUACAGACGAUAAUGCAGCAAUAGAAAUGGCAAUAGAGACGGUGGGGCAGGCGAAAGAUGAAACUCUGACCAAUCAGCUUAUAAACUACCUCAUGGGAGAAAGUGAUGGCAUACCAAAGGAAGCCAAAUAUUUGUUUCGAUUGUACAUGGCACUGAAGCAGUACCGAGAAGCUGCUCGGACAGCCAUAAUAAUUGCCAGAGAAGAACAAUGCGCAGGGAACUAUCGAAAUGCCCAUGAUGUUCUUUUCAGCAUGUAUUCGGAAUUAAAAACCCAGAAAAUUAAGAUUCCUUCUGAAAUGGCUACGAACCUUAUGAUUCUACACAGCUAUAUUUUAGUAAAGAUUCAUGUUAAAAGUGGUGACCAUAUGAAAGGAGCACGUAUGCUUAUUCGUGUUGCCAACAAUAUCAGCAAGUUUCCAUCCCAUAUUGUGCCCAUCUUGACUUCAACAGUGAUUGAAUGUCAUCGAGCAGGAUUGAAAAAGUCAGCAUUCGGUUUUGCAGCAAUGUUGAUGAGACCAGAGUAUCGGAAUAAAAUUGACCUGAAGUACAAAAAGAAGAUUGAAGUAAUGGUCAGGCGGCCUGACACAUCAGAAGGUGAAGAGCCCACAACGCCAUGUCCAUAUUGUGACUUCCUGUUGCCUGAAUGUGAACUGCUCUGUCCUGGGUGCAAAAAUAACCUUCCAUAUUGCAUUGCUACGGGGCGGCAUAUGGUUAAAGAUGACUGGACCAUUUGCCCGCAUUGUGACUUCCCUGCCCUACAUUCAGAGUUCAGAAACUUGUUGCAAAAUGACAACACGUGUCCCAUGUGUUCAGAAAAGGUGGACAUUGCCAGUCUUAGGAAAAUAGUUGACUGUGCUCCCUACCUCAAGACUGAAGUGGAGCAAUGACUUCAGUCGGGUAAGUCCUUUAACCUUGCU